UUGCGACCCGUGGACGUCACAUUUAGUUGCCAACAACUCGCUCGGCGCUCAUUCGACUGGAGGAGUGUUUGUGGGUCUACGGUGUCCAACUCUGAGCUGCUUCUUCCCCGGCAGAAACAAACCAUGCUGUCUUUCGCUUUCAGACAACUCGCCCGGCCUCUGGGACCGCGUACCCCAGCUCGCUUCUGCGUGCGGGGACAACAGUCCCACGCCGCCAGCCGCGCCGUUGAAGACGAGCGGCCGUGGACUGGCCAAGAAAGUCUGGCUCAGGACGACCCGGAGAUGUGGGACCUCUUACUGAAGGAGAAGGACCGGCAGUGUCGCGGCCUGGAGCUUAUUGCUUCUGAGAAUUUCUGCAGUCGGGCUGCUCUGGAGGCUCAAGGCUCCUGUCUCAACAACAAAUACUCCGAAGGAUACCCGGGGAAAAGGUACUACGGCGGAGCAGAGGUGGUGGAUCAAAUUGAGCUCCUUUGUCAAAAGCGAGCCUUGGAUGCUUUUGAUUUGGACCCAGCAAAGUGGGGGGUCAACGUCCAGCCUUAUUCUGGCUCCCCGGCCAACUUUGCAGUCUACACCGCCGUGCUUAACCCCCACGACCGCAUCAUGGGCCUGGAUCUUCCUGAUGGAGGACAUCUGACUCAUGGCUACAUGUCAGAUGUGAAGAGGAUCUCCGCUACCUCCAUCUAUUUUGAGUCUAUGCCCUACAAGCUGAAUCCCCAGACGGGACUCAUCGACUACGACCAGAUGGAGGUGACAGCCAAGCUGUUCAGGCCCAAGCUCAUCAUCGCCGGCACCAGCGCCUACGCCCGCCUCAUUGACUACGCCCGCAUCAAGAAGCUGUGCACUGAUAUCAAGGCCUACAUGCUGGCUGACAUGGCCCACAUCAGUGGACUGGUGGCAGCCAAAGCCAUCCCUUCUCCAUUCCAUGACGCUGACCUGGUCACGUCGACCACACACAAAUCCCUCAGAGGAGCCAGAGCUGGUCUCAUCUUCUACCGCAAGGGCGUCCGCAGUGUGGACAAGAAGGGGAAGGAAAUUUUGUACGACCUGGAGGACAAGAUCAACUUCUCGGUGUUCCCCUCCUUGCAGGGUGGACCUCACAACCACGCUAUUGCUGGCGUCGCUGUGGCACUCAGACAGGCUCAGUCUCCUAUGUUUAAGGACUAUAUUGCCCAAGUUCUAAAGAACUCUAAAGCCAUGGCUUCCGCACUCCUCAGCAAAGGCUAUACCAUAGUAUCAGGGGGCACCGAUAACCACCUGGUUCUGGUGGAUCUGCGGCCCAAGGGCAUUGACGGCGCCCGAGCAGAAAGGGUACUGGAGCUGGUCUCAAUCACCGCCAACAAGAACACCUGCCCCGGGGACAAGAGUGCCCUGACUCCUGGAGGCCUCAGGCUGGGCGCUCCCGCUCUGACUUCUAGGCAGUUCAAAGAAGAGGAUUUUGUGCGAGUGGUAGAAUUAAUGGACGAGGGCUUCCAGAUUGCCUUCGAUGUGAAGAAAAAGACAGGAAAGCUCCAAGACUUUAAGAACUUCCUGCUGGAGGACUCGGAGACGGUGGCCCGUAUUGCCAAACUGCGCCAUCGCGUGGAAAUGUUUGCCAGACCAUUUCCCAUGCCCGGCUUCCACGACCAUUAAUGUCCUAACAUGCAGUUGUCAAUAGUCUAUUGUUGUAAGAAAAAAAAAAAGAAAAAUAAAAUUUUUAAAAAAACAAGACCUCGUAUGUGGAGGAUCAACAAUAAAAUUGUGCAGAUUUGAUAGAAAAUAACAAUUUUUUCUAUCUUUUUUUAAAAAUUACUUAACAGAAUCUUUCAUUUCAAUUAUUGAUGAGUUGAAUUGAUUCUGUGUCCACGAGAAGUCUUAAUUUUUCGAAUCACCUUAACUAUUGCCAUGAUUUGGUUUGAUGUUUCAUGAGAGCUGAGAUGCAAAAUAAGCUGUUAUGGACACUUUUCUUGCAUAGUAUUAUAUAGAGUGUAAAUCACCCGCCAGAUCAUUUUACCUGGCCUGAUAUAACAAUAAAAUACCUUAUAUUUUCUUACUAAAUGUAUUUUUUUUUUACAUUUUGAAAGUAAAAAUAUAUGUGUUGCAUGAAAUCGCAUGCGGUUUUUAAACUAAUAGUAUCUAAUAUUGCAACAUUGUUUUGGUCAUAAUAAAAGUUUAUACUUAAA